AUGGACAAAACUCCAGAAUCGAGUCCCGGAUCACCAGCGGCCUUCGUUCCACCAUGCGAUGUCGGCGAUGCCGUUAAGAUGCCAUUGUUGAUCUCUCAGUUGCCGUCUGGCCCGACCAGCUGCCAUCUGAGCACGAAUGUCACAAAUAGCUCAGAGAGUGACCCUCCUGCUUUCCUAGCUGUUGAAAAUAUGCCGCGAACAGCUUUGGGCAUGGAUGUUGAUUUUCCUUGGACGCUCGAAUACACUGAUCUCUUCUCUGAAGGUCACCUCACUGUCCAAGAUUUACAGCUUGAACCAGGGAUGCCGUUGGAACACCAAGCCUUUUCUCCAAACGCGGAAACCAUCCAAGACUGUAGCAUUUAUACGUUAAAUUCUCAGGCCCCUGCUCCAGCCCGAGAAUUCGGAAACCAGGUUGAAAUUUCCUCUCCGACUUGUCAGCAACAAGAGCCGCGCCAGUCGAGAUCCUCAACACCCGUCCACUUGUUCACAAUGCAAGUUACAGACGACGAUAUUACCAUGGCAGAGAACUUCUGUCAUGUGAGAACGCGCUUGGAUUGUGCCUAUGAGGCUAUCUUAGCCUUCCAUGAUCAGCAGUCUGAUAUUCUCCACAAAAAUCUUCCAUUUCCGCAAUUUUCCACUUUUAAUUCUUUUAUCCAACUCUAUUAUGAGCACUUUGAUGAUCAGUUGCCAUUCAUUCAUCCAUCUUUGUUAGAGCAAGAAGACACGCCUUGGAUCCUCGCUCUGGCCGUGGCAUCCGUUGGAUGCCAAUAUACCAGAGUUACGAAUCGUGCUAGAUAUGCCUCCAUGCUCACGGAGCUUUUGAGAUUGUCUCUUCCUCUUGAUGCCCUGAAAUCUCGGAGCUAUGAAACAAUGACAUUAGCACAGUGUGCCUUGCUAAAUGUCGUCAGCCUCAUGUUCACUGGUUUCAAAGAUAACAUCGUCAAUUUGCAGAUUCAACGAGCUUGGCUUGCUACACUGAUGCGACCGUUUCUCACCACUUCUGAUUCGAAGGGCUCAUUUUUAUCUACCGAGGUAAACAUGGUAGAUUGCUUUAUCUCCAUUUUUUUGGGAAUGCAACCCAUCUUCACUGCAAAAGAUCACGAGCAGACACUUCCUUCGUCCGAUGAUCUGUGGAAAACUCGCAAUGAAGAUACAUUACGAUCACUCAGUCUGCAUGAGCUUUUUACCAUGAACUGGACUUCGGACAAUGCUUUACUGCAUUCGUCAGACUUCAAUAAAAUGGUACUAUAUCUCAUUUUGUUCGUGGAAGAACGACGUGCCAUAGAUGCAUCACAUUCCUGCGCGCUUCUCGACUUUAGUCACGAUGACCAAACCACACAUCCGAAUACGCGAGCAUCAUUAUCAUACAGGACAUUAGACUGGAAAUAUGAGGCGCUGGCUUCAACAACCGUACCCUCGCCACCCACAAACACGAGCAAUUCGAAUUCGUGGAAAACAAUUUUCCAUUUGCUUGGGAUUAUCAGGCAUAUUCCGCUGAAGCAGCUCUAUGCAUAUUCCGGAUGGUAUGCGUCAGAGCAGGAUAUAGCCGCAGCUGAAGCCUACCUCACCGGUUGGAUGCGAGAAAAUCCCACGCUCUCGAGGAGAUGUGUCGCACACGCAGGAGCUUUACUCGGUGAAAUCCGAUUAGCUCCCACCACUGCCUGCUAUCAUUACUUUUGUCUACUUAUAGCUGUCUUGUUCCUAUGGGCCUUUGAGCGAUUAAAGCGUGACGUGGUACUUGAGCAACCUUCACAACUAGAUUCUCUUGGCACGCUCCUCAAAAUUGAUCAAUUUCACGAUCCAAUUGUAAGAGAACGAUGGGUUCAGGGUGACUCGGGGAUACUUGUUCAUAUCACUGGUGUUGGGAUUCUGUCCAGUCCGGGAAGUUCGCAACGAUUAUUGAAGGAGCUCUUACGAGUACUUGGGUCCCGGACAGGAUGGCCUACCCUUCGCAAAGGUUUGAUGGUUUGCGUGAGCACGCUUCUCAAUGAGGCCACACCUAUAGAGGUCCCCAUGUGCUCAGACUGA